AUGGGGAAGAGCAACCUGACACCCCACUCGAGCACCCUGCUAUCGGUCAUGGCUAGCAACUUAGCGCUGAAUCCGAACAUUGCGAAGCUCAACACUGCCAUCGAGGAGAUAGAAAACUUGAAAACAAGUUUGUCAGCAUACAAGGAGAAGACGCAGAAGGUCGUACAGAUUCUGCAUGGGGAGAACCAGGUCCUCAAAGGCGAGCUGUUGGUGAUCUGGCAGCGGGUUGAAUACCUUGAGGAGCAACUAGGUAUUGCAGUCGAAGGUGGUGACAACGGCGAGCCGAGCACUACAGUUGACGCGACGGUAGGAGAAGUAGAGCAGCCCGCAGAUGAGAUGGAUGAGGAUGAGAAAAAACUGGAGCUCAGUCGUGAUGCUGCAGAGAGUAAGCCGAUCAAAGUACGCACAAUAAUUAGUGUUAUCGGCCAUAUCAGCCGGCUAAAUACAGUGAUCCAGGAUGCCGUCAACACAGCUGUGGUUCCCACCAUUGUAUUACAAUUGCCCACAACACUGGGCAGGCCAUUGUGCACAACUCACCAGCCAUUGUAA